UAAGGUUAUGUUUUUUUGUUUACUGUUUCCGCAAAUUCACUUAAUUCUUAAUUCAUAAAAUAAUACAAUAAACCUUUGAAUAUGGACAACAUUAAGGUAGGCGAUUACAUCGUUAUACAACGGCAAAACUACAGAAAAAUACACAAAUUCAAUAAAGCUAAUUCGGCCAUAACACUAGGGAGAGACAAUGUGGAGCUCCUGGGCAUCGAAGGUUGUAAAUACUAUUCAGUAUUUAAAAUGAUAGCCACAGGCAACAAGAGAAGUCGCAGUUAUCGACUGGAGCUGUGCGAUGAAGCAGUAGGCCUGAAGGAUGAAAUUGAUGUAAAAACUUCUGGAUUGGAUAACAGAAAUAUUUUAGAUGAUGGCAAAUCACAGAAGUUAACGGCAGCAGAUAUUGAAGAACUCAAGACCGACGCCACCAGCGCAUCCGAUAUAGUUGAGUCCCUCAUUUGCAAUUCAAAUACUUUCAGUAGUAAGACAGAGUAUGCUCAAGAUAAAUACUUGAGGAAGAAAGAAAAGAAAUACUUUGAUUAUCUUCAAAUAAUACAGCCCAAUUUGCGCAUGGUGGCUGACAUCAUGUACAGAUUGGAUCCCACCAAAAUUCAGGGUGUACGGAUUGAUACCUUGUCACAGAUUGUGACUAUGGCCAACAUUUAUUCUGAGGGAAAAUAUUUGCUAUAUGAUUCCGGAUCCAAUGGAUUGUUAGCAGCUGCUUUGCUAAGUGCCAUUGGAGGCAAAACCAAUGGGAAGUUAGUCCACAUGCACCCAGGCAACAUGUCCCAGAAGCAGGCUCUGCUGGCUAUGAACUUCCCGGAGGAACAGUUGCAGAGAUGUGUGUCUGUUAAUAUUUAUUCAUCAUUGAGGCAAUUCUAUCAGGGUUGUGAUACACAUGAAAAAAAAACUUUGCCUCAAAAUGAAUCUAAUCUCAAGAGAAAAGCAGAUGAAGUGAAUGAUAAUGAUCAUCAAAUAAAAAUUCCAAAAGUUGAUGAAACACUUGACACUGAAGAAAUUCCCUUAAAAGAGCAGGAAUCAAAAGCGGAAAUCAGUUCACCAGAUACAUCUAAUAUGGAAAAUGUGAAGGAUAGCAGCAUCAGUGAAGGCAAAAAACCAAAAUGGCAUUUUGAUAACAUAGCCGCUGCAGAGUUGUUAACACAAAAAAUGGAUGCUUUGGUUAUUGUUUGUAAAGAAGAUCCACAAAACAUAUUCAAAGAGCUGGUACAAUUUGUGAAGCCAGGUCGCCCAUUCCUUGUCUACUACAGUGUAGCUGAGCCACUGCAGCAUCUAUAUUUGUCUCUGAAGAGUGAUAGUAAAAUAGCUGCAUUAAAAUUAACAUGCAAUUGGUUGAGAAACUAUCAGAUACUUCCUGAUAGAACACACCCAGAAGUCAAUAUGAAUGCAGCCAGUGGCUUUUUAUUAUCAGGUUAUGUAUUAAAAUAAUGUAUAUAGAACAUUGAUAAGCUGAUGUGUUAUACAUAUAAGUAUUUUAAUAAAUGUAUUGUAUGUACCAA